AUGGCGUGGAGAGCCUGGGCUCGGAGCGGCUGGGGCUGCGGUGGCCCGGCGUGGGGGGCGCCGGGGGCCGAGGGCCGGGAGCUGUGCGUCGACCGGGCCCCCGCCCUGCUGCUGGGCCCCAGGUUUAACUUCUUUAUUCAAUCAAAAAAUGGAUUCAGAAAAGCCCCCAGAAAGACUGAGCCUCGACGCCCAGAUGGCGGAGUAAUCAAUGGAAGCUAUCGGAGAAGUGCUUUGACCCCUCCCGUGGAAGAGACUCUCUUUUAUACAUCUCCCUACCCUCUAAGGAACCUUGUGAAGCCUUUGGUUUUUACUGUCGGGUUUACAGGGUGUGCGUUCGGGUCAGCAGCUAUUUGGCAGUAUGAAUCCCUGAAAUCCAGGGUCCAGAGCUACUUUGACGCUGUGAAGGCAGACUGGUUGGACAGCUUAGCACCUCAGAAGGAAGGAAGCUUCCGAAAGCAGAUUAACAAGUGGUGGAAUACCCUAUCUGAUGGCCAGCGAACUGUGACAGGAAUCAUAGCUGCCAAUGUCUUUGUGUUCUGCUUAUGGCGAGUCCCUUCCCUCCAGAGGUCAAUGGUCAAGUAUUUCACAUCCAAUCCAGCCUCCAAAGCGCUCUGCUCCCCCAUGCUGCUGUCCACCUUCAGCCACUUCUCCUUGUUACACAUGGCGGCCAACAUGUACGUGUUGUGGAGCUUCUCCACCAGCAUCGUCAGCAUCCUUGGGAAGGAGCAGUUCUUGGCCGUCUACUUGUCUGCAGGCGUCAUUUCCACUUUUGUCAGUUAUGUCAGCAAAGUGGCCACAGGCAGAUUCGGACCCUCUCUUGGUGCGUCGGGAGCCAUCAUGACGGUCCUGGCAGCUGUUUGUACCAAGAUCCCCGAGGGCAAGCUAGCCAUCAUCUUCCUGCCCAUGUUCACCUUCACUGCAGGAAACGCCCUGAAAGCCAUUAUUGCCAUGGACACAGCCGGGAUGAUCCUGGGGUGGAAGUUUUUUGAUCACGCGGCACAUCUUGGGGGAGCCCUUUUUGGAAUAUGGUAUAUUACAUAUGGCCAUGAGCUGAUUUGGAAGAACAGAGAGCCACUAGUGAAAAUUUGGCAUGAAAUGAGGACUAAUAGCCCCAAGAAAGGAGGUGGAUCUGAGUAAAUCCUGUUAGAAGAGAAUCCUGCCUUGGUGUUGACCCCACCUAGAAGACACAGAGACGAACAGCACUCAGUCUCAGUAUAUCGGCUGCGGCCCCAGAAGCCAGAAGCCCGGGCCUCAGCACCGGUAGGGCCUGGAUCUGUAAUGGUAUUUCCAGAUGUUUGUCUCCAGUAGGAAGUGAAUUAAGAGAACGUUGGCACAAUAAAUGUUUCUGUCUCUAGUUUGUAA